AUGUUAUCAGCAUUCACAGCUCGACCUCUUGUCGAGCUCAAACAACGGGACAAAUCGAGGAUUGAGUCUUUGCUCGCAUACGGCGAUCGACUGCUUGUGGGCCUAAACAAUGGGAGCUUACGUAUUUAUCGGAUUAAUGAGAGUUCAAACGAUGACCACGUCCAGGAUGGGAAUCGGGCUGCCCAUUACGGGGACGGGGGCGGGGACGCUGACGGGCACGGUGGAGGCACAUUGAAGAACGGAGAUGGGGACAGGCCUGCAACGAUGAAUUCCACGACCAGUACCAAGGCAAAACGUACAGACUUGCUUCGGGAACUAGAGAAAUUCUCCAAAUACAAAGUCGAGCAGCUCGCUCUUAUCAAGGAGGCCAAGGUUUUGGUCUCCCUGUCAGGAGGAUACGUUUCGAUCCAUGACCUGCAGUCAUACGAGCUGCAGGAGCAACUUUCUAAGACAAAAGGCGCAACUACCUUUGCCGUUAUGUCGAAUAUUGUUAACGACCCUGAAACCAGAGUUCCUUCGAUUGUGUCCCGUCUUGCGGUCGCGGUAAAAAGGAAGAUCUUGCUAUGGACAUGGCGCGACAUGGAACUAGAGAAUAAUACAGCGGAGAUGACACUGGUCAGUGGGAUAAAGUCACUCACAUGGGUUUCUGGAACGAGAUUGGUGGCAGGACUCAACUCGAGCUUCGUGAUGGUGGAUAUUGAGGAUGGGUCGGUCACUGAUUUAGUUGGGCCCGGAAGCAUCGGCGGCCUUGGGGGUCAGGAAACCGGUCGUCUAGCUGGAGUUGGAGUGGCAAGUAUGAGUUAUAUCGGAAUUGGCGGAGCAGCACCAAAGCCGCUAGCAACUCGGCUUAGCGAUGGGCAGGUGCUGCUGGCGAAGGACAUCAACACGCAAUUUAUUGAUAUCAACGGCAAUUCACUUGGACGCAGACAAAUACCGUGGAGCCAUGCACCUGCAAAUAUUGGAUAUUCGUACCCUUUCCUCCUGGCACUUCAUGAGCCGUCGAAGGGAGUCCUUGAAGUCAGAAACCCGGAAACAUUAUCAUUGCUCCAGUCAAUUCCGAUGCCAUCAGCCAAUCUCUUACAUUUUUCUCAGCCUACAAUUAGCUUGGCGCAUGCGGGAAAAGGUUUCUUUGUUGGAAGUGAUCGGACCAUUUGGAGGAUGGAAGCUUUAAGCUACGAUACCCAGAUAGACUCGCUUGUGGAGAAAGGGUAUCUUGAUGAGGCGAUCAGCCUUGCCAACAUGUUAGAAGAUGCACUUCUUAUAAACAAACAGAGUCGGAUACGCGAGAUCAAACUUGAAAAAGCUCAGGGUCUUUUCAGCAUGCGCAAGUAUAGUGACUCGAUGGAGAUGUUUACGGAAAUUUCGGCUCCCCCGGAGACUGUAAUCCAGCUCUACCCCAGAAUCGUUGCCGGUGACAUUAGCUCUGUCAAUGAGGAGCCAGAGGAAUCGGAAGAUGGCACAAGUGAUAGCCAGUCAAAGCCCCAUGACAACCAGGCUCAGACUGACGGCACUAUCUCGGAAGACAUGGCCGCUUCGAAGACUUUGACACACACGCCCUCCAUUAGGUCCUUCCUUCGGAGAACGGAGGAAGGUAGUGAUUCUGGAAGUAUCCGUGGGAAAUCGACCGAAAAAUCGUCGCGAGACAAGCAUCUCGAAUCUGCAGUACGCGAGCUCCAGAGGUAUUUGGCCGAUGUUCGCAGGAGGUUUCAGCGGUUCUUAAACCCUGAUGGGUCCCUUAAAGUGGUCGACCCAACUACUGACGGAGCGACUGAUGAAUUUACUGACUCCGUCAUGAAACUACUUGACCUUGUUUACGAUGGCCAUGACUAUGAUUUUGGUGAUCGAUUGCGAGAGAAGGCAAAGCUAGUUGAUACAACGCUAUUUCGAGCUUAUAUGUAUGCGAAUCCACGUCUGGCUGGUUCCCUCUUUCGUAUCGCCAAUUUCUGCGAUCCAGAGGUGGUUAUGGAAAAGCUCGAGGAAACUGGGCGCCACAACGAUCUAAUUGAUUUCCUGUAUGGAAAGAAAAUGCAUCGUCAAGCGCUCGAGCUCUUGAAAAAAUUCGGCCAAGCUGAAUCGGACGAGGAGACAACAUCACAGCUCCUUGGGCCUAAGAGAACCGUAGCCUAUUUACAAAAUCUACCCCCGGACCGGAUUGAUCUCAUUCUCGAAUUUGCGGAAUGGCCGCUGCACGAAGACCCCGAGUUGGGCAUGGAGAUAUUCCUUGCGGACACUGAAAAUGCGGAAACCCUACCUCGACACCAAGUUCUAGAUUUCCUGCAACAAAUUGAUAAGAAACUUGCUGUUCAAUACCUCGAACAUGUUAUCGGAGAGCUGAAUGACUUGACGCCCGAUUUGCACCAAAGGCUUCUCAUUCUGUAUCUGGAUCGCUUACGGAAAAGAAAGACUCAGGAAUGGCCAUUCGUCAAUAACGACGAUCGGGCAGAAUGGCUUACUAAAUUCUUGGAAAUGUUAAAAUCCAGCUCUCAGUACUCACCAGCCAAGUUACUCGAUCUUCUUGAUCGUGAUGAGACCGAAUUCUUCGAGCCAAGAGCCAUUAUUUUCAGCAAGAUGGGCCGGCACAGACAGGCGUUGGAAAUCUACGUAUUUAAGCUUGAGGACUAUGCAAAAGCGGAAGAGUACUGCAACCACCUUCAUAAGACGGAGGAUACGGCUACCGCAUACCCUGAUUCUGAGGACAAGCCAUCUAUCUAUUUAACAUUACUGUCUCUAUACCUCUCUCCCCCGCAUGGGUAUACACCACAAUAUGGGCCAGCACUUGAUGUGCUAGCAAAACAUGGAUCACGCCUGCCCCCGGGUUCCGCUCUAGAGCUCAUUCCCGAGACUCUUCCGGUCAAAGAACUCGAGUUUUAUUUCCGAGGCCGCAUGCGCGCAGCCAAUUCGCUCCUGAGUGAAUCCCGAAUCGUUGCCAGCCUGCAAAAGUCUCAGAAUAUCAAGACACAGGCAGAACUUCUAGUGGGUGAAGGGACGGAUGGGAAGUCCUCGCGAUCACGGCAUGUCACUAUCACCGAGGAAAGAGUCUGUGGUAUCUGCCAUAAACGAAUCGGCGGCAGUGUGAUCAACGUGUUUCCAGAGUAA